GAUGCCCUCACCUCAUACUGGAAGCACAACCUCCUUCUCGAGCGCAGGACCGUCGAGGCAUCCGCAGCAGCAGCAGCAUCUGUACCAGAAACAGCACAGACUUUCCAGGUCUUUUCCAACGUCAACGAGUCAUCUGGCCCCUCGCUACCCGACCCCGACCGGCACACGCUCCGACCGACAGCAAAGUCCGGUCUCAUCUUCGCUUGGUUCUCGUCUCGACACUGGCACGUCCUUUCCGCGACGAACUCCGUCACCUCUUCCCAGGACCUCUUCGAUGCCUUAAACAACAACGCUGCCGCCGACUCCGACUCCUUUUUCCUGCGACCGACGACCUCUCAUUCGCGAUCAAGUAGCGCCGGCUUGUCAACCGAGGGCUUCAAGAAUUUGAAUCGCUGGUCUACCUCGACGUCAUCGAGUCGAGCAUCUGGCCUGAACCAUCGCGCUUCCAACUUAUGUGCGCGCCGCAUGAGUGUGGAUGCGGCUGCAUUUAUCAAUUCGUCGCCUCAAAGACCCCUUAGAACCAGACGGCGGUCGAAUUCUAGUGAAGCUUCUCAACCGGUCAGCAGUGCCAGCAAGUUGCGUGGCUACUCACCUCCUGGAUCAUCUCGAGCUGAAGGCCUGUCUACCGUGUUUGCGCCUUACCCAUUAGAUUCAUCCCUCUCAACUGAGCCGGCAGGUGCAGUGAACGGCCCAAGUGUACCGUCGGGCGCACCCAGAGCGCCCAGAAGCGGCCAUAUUGCGGAACAAAAUCGACCCUGGGAUGCAUUCUCUAGCCCAGACCGGAGAGGAUCAGCGGAACCAGGUUCACAGCAGCCGCUUCGUGCAAUGAUGCCAGCCGAUCGCAAUGGAGGGGCCUACGAUACAAGGGGCCAUUCCCGUAACCGUUCCCAAGCGGCCAAGGGGAGUACGGACACCACUGCAUCGUCAAAAGGUCGAGAAAGAGGCAACAAACCGCCGUCUCAAAAAGCUAUGCUUUCCCGAGCCCUACAGAAAGCAAACACUGCAGUUCAGUUAGACAAUGCGCAGAAUUUCGAAGGUGCACGCCAAGCUUAUGCCGAAGCAUGCGAACUACUGCACCAAGUAUUGGCGAGAACCUCCACGGAGGAAGACAAGAGAAAGCUUGAGGCGAUUCGCCGCACGUAUACCAGUCGAAUCGAGGAGCUGGAUCAGAUGGCCCCUAUCCAGGCAACGGAUGGAAAGGCUCUACCUGCUAGACCCGAGAGCUUAGGUCUGCGACUCAACCCGACCCUCCAGUUCAACGACGACGACGAUGUGGACUACUUGGAGGAACCAGGCGGUCUCGAAACAGCGGCCCUCGCCAGGAUACUCAAGGAUGGAGGUCGUUAUUCACCUGGCUAUGCGGGGCCUGGGUUGCCUAUAUCACGAAUGCAGGGCUUGGCUGAACCCGCAAGGAGCGGCUUAUCGAGGACACCAGAGCAAUAUACGCUGCAGUCUUCCUUCUCUCGCUCGCCGCUUCGAGAACGAAACUCGGAUGAACAUCUUAUCUUCCAAAUACCCGCAGAAGAUGCUACCAUACCACCGCCACUCUCACCUCGCCGACCAGCUUCUCCGGAGUUAGAUGGGCGGGGUUCUCCUGAUGGACCCGUCAGGUCGGAUUUCUCCCUUCCCGCAACGCGAACUGGACAAGCCCCGAAACACGCGCGAGAUUCGAGCCGUGAAUCCAACUCCUGGUUGGAUCCGAUUGACGAGUCUGGCGGCUCAACUUCGUCUGUCCACUCCCGAUCAUCUUCUAUGAAUGUGCGGCGAAAGCACAUACGCGCUCCUAGUGGCGCUACCGAGGCUGAGUUCGAUGCCGCAUUAGAUGCGGCGGUCGAAGCAGCGUACGACGACGGUUAUGAGCCGAUGGAUCUAUCUGACACCGAAGCAUAUGCGUCAGAUGACCAGGUCGUAGCGAAGGCACUGCGUAAGGUUGAGUUGGCCAAAGAACGCGUUCGUCAGACAGAAAGAGAAGUCUUCGAGCAAGAAAGCGAAAGAGAGCGAAGAGUGCAAGGGCAGCAAAAACCUGACGGGGAUCUGGUACAUGAAGAUUUUUACGACGACGGAUCAUCGGACGAGGAGGAACGCAUCUUGGAGGAAAUGACUCGAGGAUAUUCUAUUGACGACUUUUCCUUCAAUCAAGCAUCUCGAUCAUCCGCAGCUAGGCACUCCGGCUCCAGUGAUGCCCAGCAAACUUGGCAGAUGCCUGGGACAAACGAUACAAACGGUGACGAUGUCUCCUCGUCACCGACGGAUGCCUUUCCCUCUUCGAACUUCCCUAGGGCCGGAAGCCCAGCUGCACCGCCUCCGGUGCAGUCUCUACCCGAGUUACCCUCCAAAACGUCUUUCUCAGGACCAGUGCCUGGGCCCGGCCAGACCGUGAGGAGUAGGCGAAUGUCAGGGCAAAAUCCGAAGCAGCUCAAGAUUGAGACGAGCAAACUUUCGAAAUACGGAGACCCCGGGAGACGUUACAGCGUUGCCCAAUCAAUUGACAAUGAUCAAGGAGUUGACUUCGAUCCUCGAGACUCCAUUAUUCCCAACGACUUUAAUGGAGGCACGCGCAGACCAUAUUCCCCUCCUGAGGGGAUCAGCCCAACACAACCGGUGCCCCCAACUCCUCCACCCGGGCAUCGGAGUCGAGACAGUGAAGACUUCAAUAGUCAUUCGGGCUCACCAUCCUUCCGGCCUACACUAAGAAAGAACUUCUCUUCCUCAAGUUUGAGGAGCAUGAAGAAUCGAAACAUGUCACUGUCGAAUUUGGAGGACGCUUCGGACAUGUCACCGGGUACACCUAUGAGCAAUGCCUUUGGCAUCAGUGGCAGGCAUCCGGCCAUGCCUGCCCUGCCGACCCCUUUGGCAGCAGCCUUCAGAGACAAGUUUACCUCAGGCUCUGCUGGUGGCUUGUACCUAUUCGACGAUACUUUGCACUCCCCGCAAAGUCCAGGCUCGCCAAAUUCGCUUCAGGUGGAUGCACCAGCACCAUUGGAACCGUGCCCGACAGAUUACAUGCUGCGGCCCUUCUGGCUAAUGCGCUGCUUGUAUCAAACACUCGCCCAUCCCCGAGGAGGUUAUUUAAGCAACAAGCUAUUUGUUCCGCGGGAUGUGUGGAAGGUGAAGGGUGUAAAAAUCCGCAACUUGGAGGAUAAAGUGGCGACGUGCGACUAUCUCACGGCCGCUCUUCUCAAGCUAGCCAGAGUAGACACUUGCGAUGCUGAUGCCGUACUUGAGGAGAUGCAGGCUUUAGAGGUCAUUCUGGAACAGGUUCAGGCCAGCUUGACCAGAAAGCUGGGGACAGAAGUCGGGGUGCAAAGCUCCAACGUGAUUUUCAGGGAUGCAUCGAACUCUGUCGAAAUUGAAGCGGCAAUCAACGUACCGCGUUCAGCGAGCGUGUCGGGCAAAUCGUCCUCAUUCUCGUGGCGCAGAUUAAGGUCCAAGGGGUCUGCGGCAGGGUUGAAUAGCUCCUACAACGCAAAGGGUACCGGGCCCGAUAGCGGCAAGGAGUCUCCUAUACUGGAAACCCUGCCAAUGACAGAGAAUCCAACUAGCCGUCCGACGAAAAGAGAUCCAACCAGUGCCCAGUUUACUGGGCCAAAUUCCAACUACAUGGGAUCACUCGCACGGCUCUUCGAUGCCGCCCAGAUGAUUGAUCAAAUCGCUCGUCAAGUCGAGGAUCCGGGACUCAGACAUGCGGACAAGACACAAGUUGGCCUGGAGCUUUGUACCCGACACGCCGCGGAAUUCUUCGGGUUUUUCAUAUGCCGGUUUGUACUGUCGGACCUCAGCAUAUUGCUGGACAAUCUGAAUCUACUCAAUGCCGACAAGAAGAACUUGAUGCGAGGAUCCCGGGCGACAAGCGUGCGCUCCAUGCGGGACCGUUUGGUCAGUUUUCCACGCCAGCUGCGACAGCCUUGGUCUUCAAUCUCAACCUUCAGCUUGACCCCGCCGCUUCAGUCUCGCGGCUGCACUCUGGCCCAGACGACGCUGACGACAACGCAAGCUCAAUGGUCGCGUAGUCUCACUUCAUCAUGGAACCCGAUUCGCAGCCAGCCUUUUCAUUGUGCCACCGCCCACCUCGCCAAGCCUGCGCCGCCAUCUCGUGCCGCACAGGCUUUAGAAGAACGAAUUCUCUCUAUCCCAAUCGAGCGGUACCGCAACUUCUGCAUUGUGGCCCAUAUCGACCAUGGGAAGAGUACCCUUAGUGACCGUUUACUCGAGAUCACAGGCACCAUCUCUGCCAGUGAUGCUAAUAAGCAGAUAUUGGAUAAACUCGAUGUGGAACGUGAGCGAGGGAUCACCGUCAAGGCCCAGACUUGUACCAUGAUAUACAACCACAAAGGAGAGGAUUAUCUGCUACAUCUCGUUGAUACACCUGGGCAUGUGGACUUUCGCGCCGAGGUGACGCGAUCCUACGCCAGUUGUGGUGGUGCUCUGCUGCUUGUUGAUGCAAGCCAAGGCAUCCAGGCACAAACAGUAUCCAAUUUCCAUCUGGCUUUCGCGCAGGAUCUCGCCUUGAUUCCCGUCGUCAACAAAAUCGAUAUGCCGUCCGCCGACGUUUCCAGAGUUCUCGAUCAGAUGCAUACUUCAUUCGAAUUAGACCCUUCUUCGGCGGUUAUGGUGUCGGCGAAGACUGGCAAGAAUGUGUCAAAUAUUUUACCUGCCGUUGUGGAACAGAUACCGCAUCCAGUGGGCGAUAUUUCAAAACCACUUCGCAUGCUGCUUGUGGAUUCUUGGUACGACAAUUUCAGGGGCGUCAUACUUUUGGUUCGUGUAUUCGAUGGCCAGGUUAAAGCUGGCGACAACCUCAUCUCCUUUGCCACCGGGCAAAAAUACACUGUUGGCGAAGUCGGUAUUCAGUAUCCAAACGCCGUCCCGCAAAGUGUUCUCCGCGCCGGCCAAGUUGGCUACAUACACUUCAACCCAGGUAUGAAGCGUAUCCAGGACGCCAAAUUGGGUGAUACUUUCACCACAACCGGGUCAGAGGCUGUUGUCCAGCCAUAUCCUGGCUUUGAAGAGCCGAAACCAAUGGUCUUCGUGGCUGCGUUUCCCACUGAUCAGAGCGACUAUACUCGUCUCGCCGACAGCAUCAGUCAAUUAGUGCUCAAUGACAGGAGUGUAACGUUGCAGAAAGACUAUUCUGAGGCUCUCGGUGCGGGCUGGCGCUUGGGGUUCCUUGGUAGCUUACAUUGCUCUGUCUUCCAGGAUCGUUUGAAGCAAGAGCAUGGCGCUAGCAUCAUUAUUACAGACCCGACUGUUCCAACCAAAGUCGGGUGGGCCGACGGGUCUGAGACGAUAUAUCAGAAUCCGGCGGAGUUCCCCAGUCAAGACGAGCACCGAAUGCGCGGUGCGACAGCAUACGAACCGUUUGUGACUGCCACGAUCACUCUUCCCGAAGAGUACCUCGGUCGUGUCAUAGAAUUGUGCGAAAGUCAGCGUGGCGAGCAAAAAAGCCUUGAGUUUUUUCACACGACGCAGGUUAUCCUGAAGUAUGAAAUCCCUGCAGCCCAGCUUGUCGACGACUUGUUUGGCAAGCUUAAGGGCGUCACGAAAGGCUAUGCUAGCUUGGACUAUGAAGAGGCUGGAUGGAGGGCGAGUCAGCUCACCAAAUUGCAGCUUCUGGUCAACAAACAGCCAGUGGAUGCUAUCUGCCGGGUGAUUCAUACCUCUCAGGCUGAGCGUCUUGGUCGGCAGUGGGUCACCAAGUUCAAAGAACACGUCGACCGCCAAAUGUUUGAGGUCGUAAUUCAAGCUGUUGCCGGUAGGCGGAUUGUCGCUCGCGAGACCAUCAAGCCAUUCCGGAAGGACGUGCUUGCGAAACUACACGCCAGCGAUAUCACUCGUCGGAAGAAACUGUUAGAGAAGCAGAAAGCGGGACGCAAGCGCCUUCGCGCAGUUGGCAAUGUCAUAAUUGACCAGUCCGCUUUCCAGAGUUUUCUUGCCAGGUGA